AUGGCUUCAAGUUUGCGAUUUUGGGUGUGUUUCCAAAUAGUUUUAGUACUUUUGGGGUCAUGUAAUUGUAAAGAGAAAUCAGCAAUAGGAGAUCCAGGGAUGAGAAGGGAUAAUUUAAGAGUGGCAAUAGAGGCAUGGAAUCAAUGCAAUGAGGUACAUGAAGAGGCUCCUAACAUGGGAAGUCCUAGGCAAGCUGAUUGUUUUGAUGUUGAAAAAUCGAAAUCUAGCAUGAAGCUGGUUCACUUAGUGAACGAUUAUGAUAACAAGCUGAGCAUAAACGAUGCCAAAAACCUAGGACUAGAGAAUCUGGACGUGAAUAAAUAUGCAGCCUGGAAAGAAUUGUUCUUGGGAUCCAAAUGCCAAGUUCAAGAUGAUCCAAACCCAUGGAAUUUCUGGAUGAUUAUGCUCAAGAGUGGUAACAUGGACACCACAGCUGCUAUUUGUCCCAAAAAUGGCAAACCAUCUCAACCAUUUCCACCCGAGUCGCGCUUUCCAUGUUUUGGCAAAGGUUGCAUGAACAUGCCUAAGAUAUACCAUGACUACACCACAUUACAUAGCCAUAAGCACAUUGUAAAGCAUAGAAAAUUGAAGGGAAGUUUUCAUGGGACAUGGGAUUUGGAUGCUGAUAUUUACAAGGCAGAAACUCAAAAUGAUACUUCCUUUUUCUCAGUUACUUGGCAUAAGCAACUUGGAAAAGGAAGCUGGAAAUUUCAUCAUAUCUUGAAAACUUCAUCAAAGUACCCUUGGUUGAUGCUUUACUUGAGGUCAGAUGCAACCACUGGAGUUUCUGGUGGAUAUCAUUAUGAAACAAGAGGCAUGUCAAAAAUAGUCCCAAAGUCACCAAAUUUCAAAGUGAAGUUCACUUUGGAUGUGAAAAGAGGAGGUGGUCCAAGUAGCCAAUUUUAUCUAAUGGACCUAGGCAGCUGCUGGAAGAACAAUGGACAGCCUUGUGAUGGGGAUGUUACCACAGACGUAACACGAUACAGUGAAAUGAUCAUUAAUCCUGAUACUGAAGCAUGGUGCAACCCCACAAAUAAUUUAAGGCUGUGUCCACCUUACCAUACUUUUGCAAAUGGAACACGCGUUCAUCGGACUGAUAAGGCAAGAUUUCCUUAUGAUGCUUAUCAUGUGUAUUGCUCCCCAGGGAAUGGAAAGUAUCUUGAAGAACCAUUCAACUAUUGUGAUGAAUAUAGCAAUCCUCAAGCUCAGGAAAUACUUCAAAUUCUGCCUCACCCUGUUUGGGGAGAAUAUGGAUAUCCAACUAAGAAAGGGGAAGGAUGGACAGGAGAUCCAAGAACUUGGGAACUUGAUGUUGGCAGACUCUCACAAUCACUUUACUUCUAUCAGGAUCCUGGCACAAAACCUGUUGAAAGGCAUUGGCCAUCUGUUGAUUUGGGUACUGAGAUAUAUGUUAGUGGAAAUCAAGUUGCUGAGUGGAUCGUUAGCGACUUUGAUAUCAUUGUGACAGAUGAAUAGUUUCACUUUGGUUAGGAAUAGUGUGUAGUUUUUUUGCUUGUUUCACUUAGAACUUUAGUAGA